GACUUCCUGCUUUGUAAGGCUGUAUUGUGACAGAGUUGUAGUGUGCUCGGUGCUGUCAGUGAAAGUCCUCGUGUGAUACAAUUCAUAUUGGUGAAGAUGAGCCGAUGGGAUCCUGCAGUGGUGGUACCUGUGUGCGGGACAUGUAUACUGGUGUCCUCUGUGGCGCUGGAGAUGCUUUAUGUCAUCCUAUCUAACCCAAGCAGUGCACAGAUCCCUCUGCUACUGCUCUCAUCCUACCUCCUGUUCAAUGUGGUGGGGAACAUGGUGAAGUUUGUGUGGAGUAACUCUACUAUCGCAGGUGUCUUCCUGGAACAUGACAAUGUGGGCCAAGGAUGGGUAUAUUGCUAUGCCUGCCAGACGCACAUUCCCCCGAGAUGCCAUCACUGCUAUACCUGCAAUGUGUGUGUCCUUCGGCGUGAUCACCACUGCACAUUACUUGGAAAGUGUGUUGGCUUCUCCAACUACAGAUAUUUCCUAUGUGCUCUGCUGCAUGGGUGGUUGGCACUACUUCUUGUCACCAUUCUUAAUGCUGAAAUAUUUAUAGAUCUACUUCAUGAGGGAUUCGGCCUUCACAGCUUCUUUCUCCUAUUUAUGCCUUGGAUGAUGUUGAUUUUAGGUCAAGUCAAAGCAUCAACCUUCUUAUUUGCCUUUGUGGCCGAUACUUGUAUUGUGGGAUUCCUAUUCUGCUUUGCAUUCCUCGCUUUUCAUUUCAUUCUUCUAUACCGUGGAGCUACUACGAAAGAUUGGUUUGGUGGUCAUGCAGCAGAUUAUGAUCAUGGCUGGAAAAGAAAUGCCAAGAACUACUUAGGAGAGAGAUGGUAUCUAGUUUGGUUAUCUCCUUGGAUACAAUCAAGAUUGCCUGGAGAUGGUAUACAUUUUGAGCCUAUGCAUCUUUCUGCUACUGUGCCAACCAGGAAGUUUGCCCAGUAGUCUGUGCAAAGUAUUGUGAACUUCCAGCUCUGCCAUUGUUGGGUAUGUGAAUCAUUCCGGUCCAUUAAAUUAAAAUAU